GUUGCUCGGGUUUCGGGGACCCCGUCGGGUGUCGGGCACGCGCGGGUUUCGGGGGCGGGUGCACGUUGUCAUCCGAAAUGAGGUUCGGGUUCGGGGCGAGUUUUAUUCUCCGGUUUCGGGGGCGGUUCUGCUGAAGCUCCACCUGACCCCGACCCGCCCCGUUGCCAUCCCUACCCCGGGGCCACCCACCUCGCCGCGCCCGUCCGUCCACCUCCAACCGACUGACCGGCUCCCGAGCCACCCGACCACUCGGCCAGAUGCCGCCGCUACGCCCCCCGCCGCCGCGGCUCCUGCUCAACAACGUCUCGUGCAUGCGGAACGCGCAGACGGUGCUCCGGGACAUCAACCUCAGCGUCCACGACGGCACGGCCCUCGUCCUCACCGGCGCCAACGGCUCCGGCAAGACCACCCUGCUCCGCAUGCUGGCGGGCUUCUCGCGGCCCUCGGCGGGGGAGAUCCUCUGGAACGGCCACGACGUCACCUCCUCGGGCGUGUUCCAGCAGUACAAGCUGCAGCUCAACUGGAUGUCGCUCAAGGACGCCGUCAAGGAGAAGCUCACGGUGCUGGAGAACGUGCAGUGGUUCGAGCUCCUCGAGGGGAAGGACGGCAGCAGGGCGGGCCCGGCCAUCGAGCUCAUGGGGCUCGGCAGGCUCAUGAACGAGAAGGCCAGGAUGCUCUCCAUGGGGCAGCGGAAGCGGCUGCAGCUCGCUAGGCUGCUAGCCAUCGACCGCCCGAUCUGGCUGCUGGAUGAGCCCUCCGUCGCGCUGGAUGCGGAUGGCACUAGGCUGCUCGAGUACAUCAUCGCGGAGCACCGGAAGAAGGGUGGGAUCGUGUUCGUGGCCACGCACCUGCCCAUCGAGAUUGAGGAUUCCAUGUCCCUUCGGCUUCCGCAGAGGUUCCCCCGGAGGAAGACGCUGGUUGAUCUUGUCCAUUGAUGUCAAUGUGAGCACAGGAGUUUAGCUGUAUCUCUCUAAUUCUUCUCCGGCUAUCUGUCUGAAUGCUGUUGGAGCAAUUUUGGCUGGUGCUGCGUUUGUGAUUCUAUAUUCGGGAAAACAUGGACAACAAAUUCACAAUGUUGAUAUAUGUGGAGCUGUUCUUUGUGAUCAUGGUUUU